UGCUGGAUGCAUUAGGGCCUUUCCCAACUCGGGUUUCCCAGGAGUACUUCAACGCCACGUGGUUUCCCGGCUGGCCCUGGGGCGACAAGAUCCAUCCCGAUGCAAAUGGCCAUCGCGUCGUCGCUGAGCUGAUCGUGAACUACAUCCAGACUAUCUACCAGCACGCUAACCAGUUCCGUGACCACCCACUGCCGAUGGAGUACGUGCCUCGAGAUCCUAUGUUCAUCGAUGUGAGAUCCAGAGACAUGUAUCUGGACUUGCAGCCCAUCUCACUGACGAGCUACCACUUCAACUUAAGGAAGGUCAAUAAUUCUCCCAUGGACAACGACAACUGCAAGGCGUGGCGAUUUUAUGCUGAUGUCCCAAAUAAGCCAGGCUUCAUUUCAACGACAACUAAUUCGUACUGUCAGUUGUAUCUUCCUCCGAAGGACGUCCAACGGCUAACGCUUGGGGAGGCUCAUGUGGAACUGCUGAAGUCGUACAUGCAUAUGGGCACCGUCGCCGUCACAAUUUUCAGAGGAGUGGCUGGACGCGACGGGACUUCUUGCGCAAGAGGCGAUUUACCGGAUUCCGUACUGGGAUCUCAUACGGUUGAUUGCUUGUGGUCUGAGCCGGUGUCUCUAGCAAAAAUCGAGGUGUUCAAAUUCCAGCUACCGCAGCCCCGGGAUGAUAGAACCUGCUUGAUCCUCGACUUCACCAUCCGAGCCACAAAUCGAGAGAGCAAUAAGAUCAAAGUUCUAGGAUUUUCCCUGUUUUAGACGAUUAACCAGCAGCACCGAAAACGCAAGCCAUUUUACGAGUAAUCGCAUCGCGAUAACGAGUACGUAUUUGUUCGUUCUACCUGAUAGGCAGUUGCGUGUCUUUGAGAGGCGUUACUAUUUCGCAGACGUAAGCGCAGUAAUAGACGGAGCUGAUGUUUGUCUUGCCAUCAUUGUUAAGUUGUGGACAUGUGGUGUGCGAUCGCGCGUGAUGACCCUAAAAUUAGCGCAGGAAUGCAGUUUGCAGUUGGUUCACUGAGGGGUAUUCAAUACUACGAGGGAAGUUCCCUCACUGAAGGCGACCCCCUCGCUGUCAUCACCUCUGGGCCUGUCCAGCGGCACAGGCAGUAA